ACAAUGUGAUUUGCAAAUCUUUUAAGGUUAUGUUGUCAUUAAUUUUGAGGUUAUGUUGACAAAUUUUAAGAGGUUAUGUUUUUGUAAAUAAACACAGAGUGGACGCACGUGGAUUUAUUUUUAUUUAUGCAAAAAUUUCAUUAAUUUUGUGCUAAAGUCAAAAUAAAACAAUGGCUGAUAAAAUCUACAUAGAUCGCCGAGGAGGCGAUGACCAGGACAUGUCAGAAUCGGAUGAGGAGUACAGUGCCAGGGAGAAACAGCUGCUGAAAAAGUAUCGGGAUGCAAAAGCAUCGGCAUCAGAGAGUGAACAAGAGGAAGUGUUUGGAUUACCGCAGGAUGAUGACUCGGAUUUCGAGGAUGAGACUGCAAAGGAGAAAUUCGAAGCUGACAGUGAUGUUGUCUCUGAGGAAGAUGAUGACAUUCCCGAUGAUAGAGCAUGGGGGCGCAAGAAGAGUGUCUUCUACAACACUGACUUUGUUGAUCAGGACUAUGACACUUACACAGCACGUGAAGAAGAACUAGCACAGCUGGAGGAACAGGAAACACGUAAACUUCAGGAACGUCUCUCCAAGCAACUCAAUGAUGCUCAAUUCUCCCUGGACGUGUUCACAAGUGGCGGAGAAGCUCCAAAGGCCAGAGAGAAAGAUUCCUCAGAAUCUGUGAGUGUUUCCAAGCAGCAGGAACUUCAGCAAUUCAAGAAAGACUCACCGGAAUUUGAUGCACUUGUGGAUGAACUUCUUGGAAAGAUGGAUGAAAGUGCCAACAUCAUGCAACCCUUCCUGGAUGAAUUGCAACGUCACAAACUCACAAAUUUGCCAAUCUUUGAGUUUAUCGACAUGAGGAAUAAGCUCUCCAUGCACUAUGCUACAAAUCUCACAUUUUACCUCAUGCUGAAGCAUAAAAAAGCUUUCGUGAAGAACCAUCCGGUUAUGAGAAGAAUUGCCCAAUUCCGGGAACUUCUGCAGCAGCUCGAAGAGAAAUAUCAGAAUGAAGCACAGAAUGAGAUGGAGAAAACAAUACUGGAUAUCCAAUCAGGGAAACUUCAAGCUCCCCCAGAAGAUGAGCCAGAAAAGAAGAAACCAAGAAAAAUGUUGAGUAUCCUGAAGAAGACAGUGCCUGAGAAAUCCCAAGAAGUCCCGCAGAAAACAAAGGAGGCCUUCCUGGAAGAUGAUGAGAAAGAUUACGAAGGGUCUGAAGGAGAAGAAGAAAUGGAGGAAUAUGCAUCUGAUGAGGAUGGUACGGAUAAGAGAGCCAUCACGUAUCAAAUGGCCAAGAAUAAAGGCUUGAUGCCGCACCGGAAGAAGGAAUUGAGGAAUCCACGAGUCAAGCAUCGCCUCAAGUACAAGAAAGCCCUCGUGAGGCGCAAGGGUGCUGUCAGAACUGUCCGCCGGGAGGAUAAACGCUACACCGGUGAGCACUCUGGCAUCAAAGCAACUGUCCGGAAGUCCAUUAAACUCCAUUAAUUUGAGAAUGAAAAUUUGUAAAUUAAUUUCAUUAUUUUCAAGAUAUUAGAACAGGUUCUAAAAUUGAAUAAAAAUUCAAAAGGA